GCAGGAGGUGAGCAGGGAUCCUCGAGGCCUGACACUGCGUUUUCACCCCACCGUGGGUCGGGUGGCCCGGUGGGGUGUCCCUUGGGGGGGGCCUCGGCCCAGCCCCGUCUAGGGGGGCCAUCGAUUGGGCUGGGAGCCUGGGGGGCCGGGCCGGCUGCAGGCUCCCCCCCCCCCCCCAGCCGGGGUGGGAGCCCGCAGUCUCGCGGGAAGGCGGCGCAGCUGCUCGGUGGGGCCGCCCCUCUCCCGGGUCAGCCCUGGAGGAAGGAUGGGUUUGAGGUUGGACACGGUGGGGCCUCUGGAAGCCAGCAGAACAAUCUCUGUGUGUGGACUCUGCUGACCCACUCGCUGGCACCUUCUACUUUUCUUUUUCUUUUCUUUUUUUUUUUUUUUUUGUGGGAGAGUUACUUCAAGUUGUGUUUGGAGCUGACGUGAGCGAGAGGCUGGUCAUGUGCUCGGACGCCUGUGACUGGGUGGCCGGCAAGCAGAUGAUGAAGACUGGCUUUUAAUCUUUGGAGACCAUUGAGAGGGAGCUUACAGGGGCCCAGGAGCCCCCCUGGACGCCCAGCGCCAUGUCGGGAUCCACACAGCCCGUGGCGCAGACAUGGAGGGCCACCGAGCCCCGCUACCCGCCCCACGGCAUUUCCUACCCCGUGCAGAUCGCCCGACCACACACGGAUGUCGGGCUGCUCGAGUACCAGCACCACAGCCGUGACUACACUUCACACCUGUCACCCGGCUCCAUCAUCCAGCCCCAGCGGAGGAGGCCCUCCCUGCUGUCUGAAUUUCAGCCCGGGAAUGAAAGGUCCCAGGAGCUUCACCUGCGACCGGAGUCCCACGCGUACCUGCCCGAGCUGGGCAAGUCAGAGAUGGAGUUCCUUGAGAGCAAGCGUCCUCGCCUGGAGCUGCUGUCCGACCCUCUGCUGCGGCCCUCACCCCUGCUGGCUGCCGGCCAGCCUGGGGGCUCUGAGGACCUGUCCAAGGACCGCAGCCUCACAGGCAAGCUGGAGCCUGUGUCUCCUCCCAGCCCCCCGCACGUUGACCCUGAGCUGGAGCUGGUGCCUCCAAGGCUGUCCAAGGAGGAGCUGAUCCAGAACAUGGACCGGGUGGACCGUGAGAUCACCAUGGUGGAGCAGCAGAUCUCCAAGCUGAAGAAGAAGCAGCAACAGCUGGAGGAGGAGGCUGCCAAGCCACCCGAGCCCGAGAAGCCUGUGUCACCGCCGCCCAUUGAGUCGAAGCAUCGCAGCCUGGUGCAGAUCAUCUACGACGAGAACCGGAAGAAGGCCGAGGCUGCGCAUCGGAUUCUGGAAGGCCUGGGGCCCCAGGUGGAGCUGCCAUUGUAUAACCAGCCGUCUGACACCAGGCAGUAUCAUGAGAACAUCAAAAUAAACCAGGCGAUGCGGAAAAAGUUAAUCUUAUACUUCAAGAGGAGGAAUCACGCCCGGAAACAAUGGGAGCAGAAGUUCUGCCAGCGCUAUGACCAGCUCAUGGAAGCCUGGGAGAAGAAGGUGGAACGCAUCGAGAACAACCCCCGGCGGCGGGCCAAGGAGAGCAAGGUGCGCGAGUACUACGAGAAGCAGUUCCCCGAGAUCCGCAAGCAGCGGGAACUGCAGGAGCGCAUGCAGAGCAGGGUGGGCCAGCGGGGCAGUGGGCUCUCCAUGUCGGCCGCCCGCAGUGAGCACGAGGUGUCUGAGAUCAUCGACGGCCUCUCGGAGCAGGAGAACCUGGAGAAGCAGAUGCGCCAGCUGGCCGUGAUCCCGCCAAUGUUGUACGACGCCGACCAGCAGCGAAUCAAGUUCAUCAACAUGAACGGGCUCAUGGAUGACCCCAUGAAGGUGUACAAAGACCGCCAGGUCAUGAACAUGUGGAGCGAGCAGGAGAAGGAGACCUUCCGGGAGAAGUUCAUGCAGCACCCCAAGAACUUCGGCCUGAUCGCAUCAUUCCUGGAGAGGAAGACGGUGGCUGAGUGUGUCCUCUACUACUACCUGACCAAGAAGAAUGAGAACUACAAGAGCCUGGUGAGGCGGAGCUACCGGCGCCGUGGCAAGAGCCAGCAGCAGCAACAGCAGCAGCAGCAGCAGCAGCAACAGCAGCAGCAGAUGCCUCGCAGCAACCAGGAGGAGAAAGAUGAGAAGGAGAAGGAAAAGGAGGCCGAGAAGGAGGAGGAGAAGCCGGACGUGGAGAAUGACAAGGAGGAGCUGAUCAAGGAGAAGGCAGACGACACCUCUGGGGAAGACAAUGAUGAGAAGGAGGCAGUGGCCUCCAAAGGCCGCAAAACUGCCAACAGCCAGGGGAGACGCAAAGGCCGCAUCACCCGUUCCAUGGCCAACGAGGCCAACAGCGAGGAGACCGUCACCCCACAGCAGAGUGCCGAGCUGGCCUCCAUGGAGAUGAACGAGAGUUCUCGCUGGACCGAGGAAGAGAUGGAAACAGCCAAGAAAGGUCUCCUGGAACACGGCCGGAACUGGUCGGCCAUCGCCCGGAUGGUGGGCUCCAAGACUGUGUCCCAAUGUAAGAACUUCUACUUCAACUACAAGAAGAGGCAGAACCUGGAUGAGAUCCUGCAGCAGCAUAAGCUGAAGAUGGAGAAGGAGAGGAACGCACGGAGGAAGAAGAAGAAAACCCCGGCCGCUGCCAGUGAGGAGGCCGCCUUCCCACCCGUGGUGGAGGACGAGGAGAUGGAAGUAUCAGGCGUGAGCGGGAACGAGGAGGAGAUGGCGGAGGAGGCAGAAGCCUUACACGCCUCUGGGAACGAGGUACCCAGAGGGGAAUGCAGUGGCCCAGCCGCUGUCAACAACAGCUCUGACACGGAGAGCAUCCCGUCACCCCGCACUGAGGCCGCCAAGGAUACGGGGCAGAACAACGGGCCCAAGCCCCCACCUGCCCCAGGCGCUGAUGCGCCGCCCCCCGAGCCUCCCACCCCGCCGCCCGAGGAUGCCCCGGCCCCCACAGAGCCCGACCCUGCUCCGGAAGCUGCCGGCCCACCCACGCCCCCACCGGCACCCCCAUCGCCCUCCCUGCCCCCUCCCGUGGUCCCCAAGGAGGAGAAGGAAGAAGAGGCCACAGCUGCCCCCUCGGCUGAGGAAGGGGAGGAGCAGAAGCCCUCUGUGGCCCAAGAGCUGGCUGCAGAUGUGGGCAAGACAGAGGAGCCCGGCGACACACCCCCCUCGGAGCCCGUCAAGAGCGAGUGCAAGGAGGAGGCUGCCGAGGAGGGGCCUGACAAGGUCAAGGCGGGCACGGAGGCCGUUGCUGAGGCUGCACCCGAGGGGGCACUCAAGGUGGAGAAAAAGGAGGGCAGUGGCCCUGGGGGCAAAGGCCCCACGGCCAAGGGCUCGGGCGCCCCCCAGGACAGCGACUCCAGCGCUACCUGCAGCGCCGAUGAGGUGGAUGAGCCCGAGGGUGGAGACAAGAACAGGCUGCUGUCGCCGCGGCCCAGCCUCCUGACCCCGACCAGCGAUGCCAGGACCAACGCCUCGCCCCAGAAGCCACUGGACCUGAAGCAGCUGAAGCAGCGUGCAGCCGCCAUCCCCCCAAUUCAGGUCACCAAAGUCCACGAACCCCCCCGGGAGGACACGGCUCCCCCUAAGCCAGCUCCCCCUGCCCCACCAGCACCGCAGCACCUGCAGCCGGAGGGUGACACCCCCCAGCAGCCCAGCAACAGCCCUCGAGGCAAAAGCAGGAGUCCUGUGCCUCCUGCCGAGAAGGAGGCAGAGAAGCCCGUGUUCUUCCCGGCCUUUGUGGCGGAGGGCCAGAAGCUGCCCACGGAUCCCUCAUGCUGGACAUCAGGCCUGCCCUUCCCCGUGCCCCCUCGCGAGGUGAUCAAGGCCUCCCCGCAUGCCCCUGACCCCUUGGCCUUCUCCUACGCCCCGCCUGGUCACCCACUGCCCCUGGGCCUCCAUGACAGCGCUCGGCCCGUCCUGCCUCGCCCACCCACCAUCUCCAACCCACCGCCCCUCAUCUCAUCCGCCAAGCACCCCAGCGUCCUCGAGAGGCAAAUGGGUGCCAUCUCCCAGGGAAUGUCGGUGCAGCUCCAUGUCCCGUACUCAGAGCACGCCAAGGCCCCUGUGGGCCCCAUCACCAUGGGGCUGCCUCUCGCCAUGGACCCCAAGAAGCUGGCGCCCUUCAGCGGAGUGAAGCAGGAGCAGCUCUCCCCACGGGGCCAGGCUGGGCCACCAGAGAGCCUGGGGGUACCCACAGCCCAGGAGACAUCUGUGCUGAGAGGGACGUCUCUGGGCUCCGUGCCGGGAGGAAGCAUCACCAAGGGCCUCCCCAGCACUCGGGUGCCCUCCGAGAGCCCCAUCACAUACCGCGGCUCCAUCACCCACGGCACUCCGGCUGACGUCCUGUACAAGGGCACCAUCACCAGGAUCAUUGGCGAGGACAGCCCGAGCCGCCUGGACCGCGGCCGGGAGGACGGCCUGCCCAAGGGCCAUGUCAUCUACGAGGGCAAGAAAGGCCAUGUGCUGUCCUAUGAGGGUGGCAUGUCCGUGUCCCAGUGCUCCAAGGAGGAUGGCAGGAGCAGCUCAGGCUCCACCCACGAGGCAGCCGCCCCCAAGCGCACCUACGACAUGAUGGAGGGCCGCGUCAGCAGGGCCAUCUCCUCAGCCGGCAUUGAAGGUCUUAUGGGCCGUGCCAUCCCGCCUGAGCGCCACAGUCCCCACCAUCUCAAAGAGCAGCACCACAUCCGAGGCUCCAUCACGCAAGGGAUCCCGAGGUCCUACGUGGAGGCCCAGGAAGACUACCAGCGUCGGGAGGCCAAGCUUCUGAAGCGUGAAGGCACGCCGCCACCACCACCCCCGCCCCCACGGGACCUGGCUGAGGCCUACAAGUCCCGACCCUUGGAGGCCCUGGGCACCCUGAAGCUGAAGCCGGCCCAUGAGGGCCUGGUGGCAACGGUAAAGGAGGCCGGCCGCUCUAUUCACGAGAUUCCGCGGGAGGAGAUGCGGCCCACGCCUGAGCUGCCCCUGGCCCCGAGGCCGCUCAAGGAGGGCUCCAUCACACAGGGCACCCCGCUCAAGUACGACACCAGCACGUCCUCCACCGGCUCCAAAAAGCAUGACGUGCGCUCCAUCAUCGGCAGCCCUGGCCGGACGUUCCCGCCCGUGCACCUGCUGGACGACACCCGGGCGCUGGAGCGCGCUUGCUACGAAGAGAGCCUGAAGAGCCGGCCGGGCACAGUCAGCAGCUCGGGGGGCUCCAUCACCCGGGGGGCCCCGGUCAUUGUGCCUGAGCUGGGCAAGCCGCGGCAGAGCCCCCUGACCUACGAGGACCAUGCGGCGCCCUUUGCCGGCCACCUACCCCGAGGCUCGCCAGUGACCACGCGGGAGCCCACGCCGCGCCUGCAGGAGGGCAGCCUCUCAUCCAGCAAGGCAUCCCAGGAUCGAAAGCUGACGUCGACACCCCGCGAGAUUGCCAAGUCCCCGCACAGCACCGUGCCCGAGCACCACCCCCACCCCAUCUCACCCUACGAACACCUGCUCCGGGGCGUGAGUGGGGUGGACCUGUACCGCAGCCACAUCCCGCUGGCCUUUGACCCCACCUCCAUACCCCGCGGAAUCCCUCUGGAUGCAGCAGCCGCUGCCUAUUACCUUCCCCGGCACCUGGCCCCCAACCCCACCUAUCCACACCUGUACCCGCCUUACCUCAUCCGUGGCUACCCUGACACAGCGGCGCUGGAGAACCGCCAGACAAUCAUCAACGACUACAUCACCUCACAGCAGAUGCACCACAACGCGGCCACCGCCAUGGCCCAGCGAGCCGACAUGCUGAGGGGCCUGUCGCCCCGAGAGUCCUCGCUGGCUCUCAACUACGCCGCCGGCCCUCGAGGCAUCAUUGACCUGUCCCAAGUGCCACACCUGCCUGUGCUGGUGCCCCCGACACCCGGCACGCCGGCCACCACCAUGGACCGCCUCACCUACCUCCCCACUGCACCCCAGCACUUCAGCAGCCGGCUCAGCAGCUCCCCGCUCUCCCCAGGAGGCCCCACUCACUUGACAAAACCCACGGCCACGUCCUCUUCCGAGCGGGAGCGGGAGCGUGAUCGGGAGCGUGAACGGGAGCGGGAGAAGUCCAUCCUCACCUCCACCACCACGGUGGAGCAUGCGCCCAUCUGGAGACCCGGUACGGAGCAGGGCAGCGGCGGAAGCGGCAGCGGCGGGGGUGGGGGCGGCAGUAGCAGCCGCCCUGCCUCCCACUCCCACUCCCACCAGCACUCGCCCAUCUCACCCCGGACCCAGGACGCCAUCCAGCAGAGGCCCAGCGUGCUGCACAACACUGGCAUGAAGGGCAUCGUCACCUCCGUGGAGCCCAGCACGCCCACGGUCCUGAGGUGGGCCAGGUCCACAUCCACCUCCUCGCCUGUCCGCCCCGCUGCCACAUUCCCACCCACCACCCACUGCCCACUGGGCGGCCCCCUCGACGGGGUCUAUCCCACCCUCGUGGAGCCUGUGUUGCUGCCUAAGGAGGCCUCGCGGGUCGCCAGGCCCGAGCGGUCCCGAGCAGACGCCGGCCACACCUUCCUCGCCAAGCCCCCGGCCCGUGCAGGGCUGGAGCCCGCCACCUCCCCCGGCAAGGGCUCCGAGCCCCGGCCCCUGGCGCCCCCCGGCUCCGGCCAUGCGGCCAUCGCCCGCACCCCAGCGAAGAGCCUCGCGCCCCACCACGCCAGCCCGGACCAGCCGGCACCGCCCGCCUCAGCCGCGGACCUACACCGGGAAAAGACUCAAAGUAAACCCUUUUCCAUCCAGGAAUUGGAACUCCGUUCUCUGGGUAAGACCACCCUGACAGCGGCCACCUUCAUAGACGCGAUAAUCAUGCGUCAAAUUGCUCACGAUAAAGGGCCGCGAGAAGGAGGUUCGCUGGCCAACGACUCCCCUCGCGAUGGUUACCACGGCGGCAGCUACAGCCCUGAUGGGGUGGAGCCUGUCAGCCCCGUGAGCUCACCCAGCCUGACCCAUGACAAGGGGCUCCCCAAGCACCUGGAGGAGCUCGACAAGAGCCACCUGGAGGGGGACCUGCGGCACAAGCAGCCAGGCCCGGGAAAGCUCAGCGGCGAGCCUGCACACCUCCCACACCUGCGGCCGCUGCCCGAGAGCCAGCCCUCGUCCAGCCCGCUGCUCCAGACCACCCCAGGGGUCAAAGGUCACCAGCGGGUGGUCACCCUGGCGCAGCACAUCAGUGAGGUGAUCACACAGGACUACACCCGGCACCACCCGCAGCAGCUCAGCGCACCCCUCCCUGCCCCCCUCUACUCCUUCCCCGGAGCCAGCUGCCCCGUCCUGGACCUUCGUCGCCCACCCAGUGACCUCUACCUCCCACCCCCGGACCAUGGCGCCCCGGCCCGUGGCUCACCCCACAGUGAAGGGGGCAAGAGGUCUCCAGAGCCAAGCAAGACGUCGGCCCUGGUCAGCGGUGAAGAUGGUAUCGAGCCAGUGUCCCCACCAGAGGGCAUGGCAGAGCCCGGGCACCCCCGGAGCGCCAUGUACCCACUGUUGUACCGGGACGGGGAGCAGGCAGAGCCCAGCAGGAUGGGCUCCAAAUCUCCAGGCAACACCAGUCAGCCGCCAGCCUUCUUCAGCAAGCUGACCGAGAGCAACUCGGCCAUGGUCAAAUCUAAGAAACAGGAGAUCAACAAGAAGUUGAACACCCACAACCGGAACGAGCCAGAAUACAAUGUCGGCCAGCCCGGGACAGAGAUCUUCAACAUGCCUGCCAUCACCGGAGCAGGCCUCAUGACCUGCCGAAGCCAGGCGGUGCAGGAGCAUGCCAGCACCAACAUGGGGCUGGAGGCCAUUAUUAGAAAGGCGCUCAUGGGUAAAUAUGAUCAGUGGGAGGAGCACCCGCUCAGCGCCAAUGCUUUUAACCCUCUGAAUGCCAGUGCCAGCCUGCCCGCUGCUAUGCCCAUAACCGCUGCUGACGGACGGAGUGAACACGCUCUCACCUCGCCAGGUGGCGGCGGGAAGGCCAAAGUCUCUGGCAGACCCAGCAGCCGAAAAGCCAAGUCUCCGGCCCCAGGCCUGGCGUCUGGGGACCGGCCGCCCUCCGUCUCCUCCGUGCACUCAGAGGGAGACUGCAACCGCCGGACGCCGCUCACCAACCGCGUGUGGGAGGACCGGCCCUCAUCCGCAGGUUCCACACCUUUCCCCUACAACCCCCUGAUCAUGCGGUUGCAGGCAGGGGUCAUGGCCUCCCCGCCCCCGCCUGGCCUCCCCACGGGCAGCGGGCCCCUGGCCGGCCCCCAUCACGCCUGGGAUGAGGAGCCCAAGCCGCUGCUCUGCUCGCAGUAUGAGACGCUCUCUGACAGCGAGUGAUGGUCAGAGCGGGGUGGGGGCCGCACCAGGGCCCAGCGAGCGGCCGGAGCAGCGGACCGAGGAGCAGGGCGGCUGCCGACUCCCCCCGCCGAGGAAGGAGCCCCCUGAGUCUGCCUGUGCGCCCGUCUGUCCGUCCAUCCGUCCACAGCCGGCAUCCUUGCCCGUCUAAAGCCUUAACUAUGACUCCCGCCCUGGCUGGCCCUGUGCAGUGACCUUACUCAGGGGAUGUUUACCUGGUGCUCGGGAGGGGAGGGGCCGGGGAGGGGGCGCUGGCAGCGUGUGGUGGCCACAAGCAUGCAGCCGGGGCGGCCAGGGACCCAAAGCAGGACGACCCAUGCACCUCCCAUGCCACUGCCUCCCCCCUUAACGCAUUUGGAACCAAAGUCUAAACCGAGCUAGAAGCCCCCGCACCCUCCCUCUGCCUCCAUCCCGCUUAGCACUCUGGACAGACGGACACAGGCCUGUCCAGGCCCCAGCGCUCUUGUCCCGGUCCCCACGGGCUGCCCCAGCCAACGAGACUGCUGGGAACCAAGGCAGGCACGGGCGGGCGAAAGGGCGGGUGCCGCCUGGGGCGAGCGGAUGCUCCGAGGAACUGGACUGUUUUUUUUUCACACAUCGUUGCCGCAGCGGUGGGAAGGAAAGGCAGGUGUAAAUGAUGUACUGGUUUACAGGGUAUAUUUUUGAUACCUUCAAUGAAUUAAUUCAGAUGUUUUACGCGAGGAAGGACUUACCCAGUAUUAUUGCUGCUGUGCUUUCGAUCUCUGCUUCCCGUUCAAGAGGUGUGUGCAGGCCGACAGCCGGUGACCCCAUCUUCUGCAGGACCGAGGGGGCGGGGGCUGCCAGCUCACGAGCCCCCCUGCGUCCUCCCUCCCUCCCUUCCUUGGGCAGAAUGAAUUUGAUGGGUGUUCUGUGACCGCCAUCUGUGCACGGCGGUGGCGUCCUGUCAUUUACACACGUUGUUCUCAUUAAAAAACGAAUUAUACUCGUGUUA